CUAGCAGGCAAGCAGCCAGCCAGCCAGGCAGGCAGACAGAGUUCUACCGGUAGCCAGUUGGUCCGCGUGCGUGUGCUUUGUGUGUCUUUUGUGUGAUUUGGGCAUUUAGUCUACACGCGUUGCGUGUAUCUCAAUUGCAUUUGCCUAGGGAAGGGGUAUCAGAUUCUGUUUACCUGCAUGCAUGGGGGAGUGAGACAUCCCGUGGCAGGAGUAGUCAGGGUGGGCUUUUAGGGACACAAAGAAUUGCAUUUGAUUGACACCGAAUUGCACUCACUUGUGUCUUUGACGGACCAGAGAACAUGCACAUACUACGUACGAUCGCCAGGAAACGGCACAACGGCUGACACUGUACGAUCGUACAGCGCCCAUCUCCACUUCUGAUCCAUAAACCGCUCCCAUAUGGUGCAGCUGGCGAUGGUAUCCGCCCUGUCACUGGCCUCUUUCCUCCUGCUGUCCGCCUCCCCCUCUCACACGGCUGCUGAUGCGGCACAAAUGAUCGAUGAGCGUCGGGCAGCAGAUGGCAGUGGCGGCCCUAUCGAUGCCCUCAAGCAGCAGGUAGAGACGCACUGCCAGGCGGGCACAGACAGACAAACGGAUGUGUGCAUGUGUGUACGGGAUUCUGCGUGGCAGUUUGAGGAGUUCUUGACGGCUCUCCAGGUCAAGGGUGAAUCCGAAGACAUCCAGCCACACACCCAGGAGCAGGACCAUGACACCGCUGCUGGUACGCAACACGCAAAUGCAGUGCGUGUGUCCAUCACGUGUGUGUGAGCGCAGGCAAGGACAUGGACCAGGAAGAGAGCAAGAAAGCCGCCAGGCUGACCGUCGACAAAGUGCGCAAGACGGUCAGCAAACUCAAGAAGGGCCGCCUUGUCAAGACCGCCAAGGCCACCAGAGAGCAGAGCCCGUACAGCCCCGAAUUCAUCGCCGGUUUUGACGCUUUUGUGGCCGAAGUCACCGCCAGUAUCGACGCAUUUCGGGCGGCACUCGGCGCUGAGAUCGGCGACGAGAUAUCUGUGCUCCUGGUGAGCAUCGAGGAGGACUUGGAGGCCAUCGAGGUGCUGGCUGCGACAGGCGGCGUAGACGUCAUCGAUGGCGACCUCGACAUUGACAUUGAGCUUCGUUCUGGCCGACACACGUGACUGACCUGAUGUGACGCGUCCAUGUUUGUCUGUCUCUGUAUGGAUGGAUUGAUGCAUCAACACACUGCAUGGGGAAAAAGGGCC